CCGGGGCCCGGAGGCGGCCGCCCCCAGCGGGGGACUCCGGGGCCGGGGCUGCCCGCGGCUGGGGGGCGGCGGCCGGUACCUUCCCCCGGGUUCGCUGGGGCCGGUGGAGCGGCGGGGCGCAAGGCCGCUCUGUCCCCAGCGCUCGCCGGCCGCUGCCGUGACGGGCUCCCGCGGGGGGGCGGUUUGGACGCCGAGCGGGCGGCGGCAGCAUCGGUGCUUUGUGCUCCCGAGCCCUCCGUAGUGUCGGAGAGCAGUGGGUGGUGAGCCAUGGCCUAUCAGCUGUACAGGAACACCACGCUGGGGAACAGUCUUCAGGAGAGUCUGGAUGAGCUCAUACAGUCACAGCAAAUCACACCUCAGCUGGCCUUACAGGUGCUACUACAGUUUGACAAAGCUAUAAAUUCAGCACUGGCACAACGAGUCAGGAACAGAGUCAAUUUCAGGGGGUCUCUGAAUACAUACAGGUUCUGUGACAACGUAUGGACAUUUGUAUUGAAUGAUGUUGAAUUUAGGGAGGUCACCGAACUUGUGAAAGUGGACAAAGUGAAAAUUGUAGCAUGUGAUGGAAAAAACACUGGUUCCAAUACUGCAGAAUGAAUAGAACUGUGGUUUCUCUGCAAUUUUUUCUGUUGACAUGCAGCACUUUCUGGAGAAAAGCAUGGAAAGGACUGUGUUCAUACUUAAUUCUUGUGAUGCCGAUGUGAGUUAAUCCAUACUAGAAAGCGUCACAGAAUGACAGCGGAAGAAAUACCUGUAGCAUUUCUUCAGUUCACCAUAUAGGGCAUAAAUACAAUGUUACUUUUUUUUUUUUUUUUAACUACAACAGAUACUGUUGCCUUUUUUGUUUAAAAUAAUUUCUGUAAUAAACUUUUAUUUAAAAACUUGUGAA